CCAAGACACAACAGGGAGGGGAUAAACCAGCAUCCCCCACCCCCUCCGGACAGGGAGCAGGGGAGGAGAGCCAGUAUCCCCCACCCCUGCGCAGGGCGGAGGAGCGCGUCCCGCGCCGGGCCGCCUCCUGCACCGAGCGCAUCUCCGGAGCGGUGCGUGAGAAUGCCGGUCCACAGGGGCGCGCGCGCGGGUCUCCUGCUGCCGUGGGGCUGGGUAGCUCUCUGCCUGAUGAGUCUGCUGCAUCUAAAUAACUUGACUUCUGUUGCCUCGGAGAAUUCUACCCAAGGAAUAUUUCCACCAGUUCCUACAAAUGAGUCCACUGAGGAGAGUAUCACAUCAAGCAUCCCUGGAAGUACCAGCCACUACUUGAUUGGUCAGGAUAGCAAUAAGACCACACCAGCCAUCUCAGAGACCACGGUCAACUUUACAGCUACCCCUGGGACCCCUUCAGGCUCUGGAACUCCACACACUUUUUCACAACCACAGACUUACCCAACCGUCACACUGCCUACUACUUCAGACAGUACUUCCACUCCAGAGAUGACCUGGAACUCCAGCCUGCCAUCUGUAAAUGUUUCUGAUUAUUCACCUAAUAAUGUCAGCUCUGAGAUGAUAUCAACCACUGAGCCAUAUGCUCACACAUCAUCUUCUGUCCCAAGUAUUAUUAAGGGAGACAUCAAAUGUUCAGGAAUCCGAGGAGUGCCAUUUACUCAGGGCAUCUGCCUGGAACUAAGUGAAGCAUCUAGUUGUGAGGAGUUUAAAAAGGAAAAGGGAGAAGAGCUAAUUCAAAUACUGUGUAAAAAGGAGGAGGCUGAGGCCGACGCUGGUGCUAGUGUCUGCUCCUUGAAUCUAGCCCAGUCUGAGGUUAGGCCUGAGUGUUUGCUGAUGGUCUUGGCCAAUAGCACAGAACUUUCCAGCAAACUCCAGCUUAUGGAAAAGCACCAGUCUGACUUGAGAAAGCUGGGGAUCCAAAGCUUCAAUAAACAAGACCUUGGGAGCCACCAGAGCUAUUCCCGAAAGACUCUGAUUGCAUUGGUUACCUCGGGAGUCCUGCUGGCCAUCUUGGGCACCACCGGCUAUUUCCUGAUGAACCGCCGCAGUUGGAGUCCCACAGGAGAAAGGCUGGGUGAAGACCCUUAUUACACGGAGAAUGGUGGAGGCCAGGGCUAUAGCUCAGGACCUGGGGCCUCCCCUGAGACUCAGGGAAAGGCCAAUGUGACCCGAGGGGCUCAGGAGAACGGGACCGGCCAGGCCACUUCCAGAAACGGCCAUUCAGCAAGACAACAUGUGGUGGCUGACACAGAACUGUGAUUUGGCUGGGUGGGCAAAACUGGGUGGUAUCCAGGAAAGUGGCAUCUCUGUCUCUGACUGAUGCUGCCUUCAGCUCAUGUCCAACCUUCUCCUACUACAUACACUUCUGAGACUCUUCCUGGAACUCUUCACCUUUGGAGAGGCAGAUAAACUGCCCUCUCUCUGCACAUUCAGCUUCCUGAACCCAAUCUCUGACCUUUGGGUCAAGUUGUGGUGGGAAGAAGCCUAGGUCUAGAGGAGCUGCCAAGAAGAUUGGUGGCUGCGUAUCACUUGCCUUGGAUCCUCUUCUCUCUCACCUCUUCACAGGAACUCUCGAGAAGACUAGCUUUUCUAAGCUACAGGUUUUUUUCCCAGGAAACUUGGCUUU